CCAUUGAAACCUGUGGAGAGGAACGGGCCGGGGCUGGAAUACAAAGUCAGCUGGCGGCAGCGGGGAGUCGAGGCGGACUGGAAUGAGGAGACGGUGAAGAAGCAUUCUCUGACCCUGCGAAACACUCCCACCUUUGUGCCUUAUGAGAUCAAAGUCCAAGCAGUAAAUAAUUUAGGAUCCGGUCCUGAACCAAACGUUACCAUCGGAUAUUCAGGAGAGGAUGUUCCAGAUGCCGCUCCUUCCGGCGUGUCGGUGGAUAUUGUGAACAGCACGCUCGUCAAAGUCUUCUGGUUUGGAAUACCAAGGGACAGAGUUCGUGGACAUUUAAGAGGCUAUAAGGUCAGUUGGUGGAAAACAAAAAGCAUGCUGGAUGGAAAAAGGCAUCACCCAGAGAAACACUUCCUAACGUUUAUAGGAGAGAGAAACUAUGGGAUGAUUCCCGGUCUAGAGCCCUUCAGUGAAUUCCGCUUGACUGUUCUGGCUUACAACACCAAAGGAGAUGGCCCGGAAAGCUCGCCCGUCGUGUUUGAAACUCCAGAAGGAGUCCCCGAACAACCACGUUUUCUAAGGAUCCUGAACUUCGACAAGGACUCCGUCACUCUGUCCUGGGGACUUCCCAAGAAAGCAAAUGGCCACCUUACUGGCUACGUUUUACAAUACCAGAUAAUAAACGAAACGCACGAAAUCGGCCCUCUGAACGACGUCAGCGUAACAAACCGCUCCACGCUCAGCUGGAGGCUUUCAGGUCUCAGCUCCAGUACCAAGUACAAAUUCUACGUAAAGGCUUGUACAGUCAAAGGCUGUGGGAAGCCGGUCACAGAAGAAGGACUAACGAUGGCUCAAGGGAGUAAAGGGAUCGGCAAGAUUUCAGAAGCAGUAAAGCCCACCCAAAAGUUUCACCCCAUUGAGGCACUUGAGCCUGGAACUGAAUAUACAGUUCGUCUAGUGACUAAGAAUUGGGUUGAUAACAAUAGCAUUUUUGAAGAUGUAAUUGAGACAAGGGGGAGAGCCUAUGCUGGCAUUUACGAUGGAAUUUCCACCCAGGGGUGGUUUAUUGGACUGAUGUGUGCCAUCGCUUUGCUCACCCUACUGCUGCUAACUAUUUGCUUUGUCAGAAGAAAUAAAGGAGGAAAAUAUUCAGUGAAAGAAAAAGAAGAUUUGCAUCCAGAUCCCGAAGCUCAAUCAAUAAAAGAUGAAAUCUUUGGGGAAUAUAGUGACAGCGAUGAAAAGCCGCUGAAAGGCAGCCUCCAGUCAAUUAACGGGGACAUUAAAGCCACUGAAAGUGCUGAUAGUCUGGUAGAUUAUGGAGAAGGGGAGCAUGGGAUGUUCAAUGAAGAUGGUUCAUUUAUUGGAGCUUAUUCUGGAUCUAAGGAAAAAGGAUCAGUGGAAAGCACUGGGAGUUCUACGGCAACUUUUCCUCUCCACGCCUGAAAUAUUAGCCAGAAUGAUUUGUGUUUAAUUGUGCUAUUUAUCUUGAUUAGUACUCCACAGUUACCACAUGUGAUUGGAAGCAGGUUGCCAAUUCAGCCAGUCAGGAACCUGACAUCCAGGUAAUACAAAAAUAAGUCACUGCCACUAAAAGAUGAUUUUCCAUCCUAAUUUCUAGGUGUUUUCUUCUAAUUAAAACAAAACAAAUAAUUCUUUACUGUACAAAAUGUCUUAGUCUUACCAAACCAGAAUUUCUCACUGUUACAUCUGUAUACUUAACUGCUAUUUUUAGGUUUGGAAUAUGUUUCUCUGUAUAGUAUUUUUUUUUUCCUGUGUGGCUGUUGUCACUUUGUACGUACAUUUAUAUGUAGUAUUCC